AUGAAGACAAGUAAAAAUGUAUUCCUUGCCCUCUUAUUCCUUCUCCUUCCCUUUUGCACUAAACUGAAAUAUGCCACUGCCAGUGGUGUGCAUGACACCGAUGGUAGCAUGCUAGAAAAUGGAGGUGACUACUACAUCUUGAAGGGGGAGGGUGGUGAUGGAGUUACACUUGCUAGCAUUGGGGUGACACAUCCACUUGCAAUUGUUCAAUCUUCCUCCGAAAAUUCUCUUGGCUUGCCAGUGUCAAUUUCAGAUAUUAAUGAAACAAUGAUUAUCCUUACAGAUGACAUUGUAAGAAUCAAGUUCUCUAAUAUUCCAGAUUGUUAUAAUUCAUCCACUUGGAUGCUUGUCAAGGAUGAAUUAGCCAAAAUUUGGUAUGUGGGCAUUGGCAGUGUUGUAGAUUACCCAAGUCAUCAAAUUAAGAUGGGAUGGUUCCAAAUUAAGGAUUAUGAUUUUGGUUACAAGCUUGUUUUCUGUAGUGAUACCAACAGCUCAUCUUGUGAAGAUGUUGGGAUAUACAUUGAUAGUGAUAAAAAUAGACGUUUAGCUCUGUAUGGAGAAGCAUUUGUAGUUCAGUUUAAGAAUGCUGGUAAGUCUCAUGUAGCAUUUGUUUGA